AUUCAAAAGUGUUUUCAUUCGUUUGUUGAUUGUCCAACGGAACGGUUGUUAAAAAGCGCUAUUUAGACGCUGAAGUUUAUUUAAAAAAAAACAGAAAUAUUUUAAAUAAAAAGAAAUUUUAUUAAAAAAAAGUGCAAGAAAAUUUAUUAAAAAAUUAUUUAAUAGAAACAUUAACUAAAUGUUAAACAAAAACCAAAAGAGUUUCUUAAAACUUAAAUGAAUAUUAAAGAAAAGUGUUUUAUUUGUAUAAGAAACAAGUGAAAUUUUAUAAAAAAAAAAAAUCUUUAAAAAGGAUUAUUUGAACACAAAAAACAAAGGAUUAUUUGACAAUUUAAAAAAAAAAAAAAAACAAAAAACAAAAAAAUCAACACAAAAUGGAUAUUACAUUAUUACCCUCACCACCGGCCACACCGCCAUUGUGCGAAAAUAAAAUUGAAAAUUGUCCAAAAGCAAACUGUACACAAUUAGAUGACAAAUUGCUAAAAGCCAAAUUACAAUUACAAUUGGAGCAACAACAGCAGCAGCAGCAUAGUAAAAACAAAAUCUGCUCCUCCUCAGCACAACAGAAUGGUAUUAUUACACCACAACCCUCAGAUACAGAAGAUGAUGGCAUGGACAGUUGUUGUGUACAGCCAGCAAUGAAAAAACAAAAAUUGGAUAUAACAGCAACACAGCAACAUUAUCAACAACAACAGCAGCAGCAACAGCAACAGAGAGCCAGUGUUAUUAUGCAUGUCAAUAGUUCGGGUAUAUGCUCGACAUUAGAUGAAAAUUCCUGCUCCUCCACCAUUUCUACAAUAUCACAAACACCCUCUAUAACCUCCACCUCUUCCAGCUGUUCCUUAACCUGCGCCUCAUCAUCCUACACUACCGAUGAUGAUAGUUCUCAGACUAAUGUUUGGCGUAGUUUGAAAUUUAAAAUGAAUCGCAAAAGAACCGCCACUGAGACAACAGAAGCCUCAGAUUGUGAAUCCAUAACUGCGGUUAAUAGCCCUCAAGUAUUAGAUAACAAAGUGGAUGACUAUCAAGUGGUAAAGCAAGAGCAGGAGGAGGAAAGAUUAUCGGCAACAAAUGUGCAAAUGUUGCAGGUGCCUCAAUUUCGUUUUACUUUACCCGCUUGCACUUCAGCCAAAGUAAACUCGAGCCAGGACUCGCUCAGCAGCAGCAACAACAGCAGCAGUAAGAAGUAUCAAGUUAUUGCUCCUAAGGCUAAUUUCUUAGCUACUGAGUCUAGCAGCAACAGUCUUAUAACACCACAAUUCCUGCUGUUAGAUCCUAAUAUGUUGUUGCAAACUUUAACCUCCAAUCGCCCCGCCAUAACAGUUACCUCCUCUAAUGCUAAUAACAACAACACUAGCGCUAAAGCCUGCAACGGCGCAUCAAACUCCUCCACCACCUCCUCAUCCUCCUCCUCUUCUACACCCGCCGUCGAACGUAAACGCAUUUAUGAAUGUAAUCAUCCGGAUUGUGGUAAAAAUUAUUUCAAAUCCAGCCACUUAAAAGCCCAUCAAAGAGUACACACCGGCGAAAGACCUUUCAUUUGUAAAUGGGAGAAUUGUGAUAAACGUUUUUCACGUUCCGAUGAGUUGUCACGACACAAACGCACCCAUACGGGAGAGAAAAAGUUUGUUUGCAGUGUUUGCGAUAAGAAAUUUAUGCGCAGUGAUCAUUUGUCCAAACAUGUUAAAAGGCAUGCUUCUAAACGCCAAGAGGUCACACGUCAAUUGCCCCCUAACAAUGCCAGCAAUGCGUUAAACACAUUAAUGGAAGCCCCCAACCAGCUUAAUGGACAAAUGUUGCAACAUUUAAGACCCAUAGCACCUGCCAAUACCAGUGAAAAUUUAGUACAAAAUGUCAACCAAAUAUCGCAAUUGCAAGUGCAAAUUUGCAAUGCCACGGAUUUGUUAAAUUUACAACAGGUGGCCAGCUUUGCUAAUCUAAUACCACAACCAGCAGCUAUAACGCUGCAGCAGUAAAUUGCUUUAAAAAAAAAUCUCAUUUUUAAAAUAAGAAAAAAACUAAAAAAAUCACUCAAAAUAGGGCUAAAAAUUUCAACAAAUUAAUUGUCAUUCCACUAUAAAACCCUUAUAAAAGCCAAAUUCUUUAAAAUUAUCUAAAAUAAUUAAAUGUUUUAAAAAAAAGAAAAAGAAAAGCUUCUAUUAAAAAGGAAAUUAAUUUCCAUAUUUUUUUUUAAACAAAAUUAAUUUUCCUUUUCUAAACAAAACUAAAAAGUUUCAUUUUUUCUACCAAAAAAAAGGAAAAUAAUUUCUAUAUAUUUUUAAAAAAAAUUCAUUUUCCUUUUUUCUUUAAAAUCAAAAACUUUUUGCUUUAAAAAUCCUCUAUUUGUAUUAAAAAAAAAAUUAAAAAUAACCUCUCAAAAAUCAUUAUUAUUAUAAACAUUUUAAAGCAUUAUUAUAAUUAUUAUUAUUUCUUUAAAAAAAAAAUUCAUUAUUAUUUUAAACUUUUUUUUUAUUAUUAAACAAAUAUAUAAACUGUGAUAUUUAAGUUUUUUGUUUUUUUUUUUUUAAUUAUUUUCACUUUUAAGCUAUUUGUAUUGUAUUAAAGAAGAAAAAAAAAUAUUAAGAAAACUAGAAAAAAAACAAAAAAUCUAAUUUAUUUUUUUAACUAUAUCUAUAAUAAAUAUUAUAAAAUUGUAAAAAGAAGUAAUCUAUAUUUUUCACUAUAUAAAUUUUUAAAAAAAUUUGCAAUGUUAAUGUAAGAGAAUUGUAAAAGAAAACAAUAUGAUCAAUGGAAAAAAAAGAAAAGAAAAAAGAAUUUAAAAAAAAUAUUCUCUUGAAAAAAGAAAAGAAAUCUAAUUAAACUUUAAUGAGAAAAAGAAUUACUUUAUGAUGAAUAAAUAACUCAAUAUAUUAUAUUUUUCAAU